GCGUAUUAGGGAGAAAUUGGGCUUCACACAUGGUCGCCAUUUUCGGGCUGGAAAUUGGUGAUUUUGUUUGUUGAUUUUGAGUGUAAACCGGCAUUUACUUUGCUGAUUAAAUUAUUUAUCAUUCUGUGAUCUCAUUAUGAUCAACUACAUAUGUUGCUUCACGAUAAUUCUAAUAUUUUCUUUGUGAGUCUACAAGCGGUGGUGUCAUUCCACUAUCAAGUGAAGUGUACAAAUAGCAUAUUUUGUGUUAAGUGCAUUUGUAUCAUGGCUGAUAGUGACAAGACGUUAAUUGGAGAUGGUAACCUUAGCAAUAAUAAUCGAAAAUCUAGUGUCCCGAAUUUCGUUCCCCCGUCAUCUGAAAUAGUACACCCAGAAACACACCCUACACAUGUUGCUACUAGUGAACCUUCGACAUUAAAAAGAAAACAAACCUCAUUUCAAAUUACAAGUGUGACUGUAAAAGGCUCUCGUUUGAGUACCGAUGGUGGGGAAGAUAGUGCCGACGAUUUAGACGAAAGUCAUACAGAAGAUGCAAAUUCUGAUAUUUUAGACUGCUCAAGAACGACAGACGUAGACAAUGACCAAUUAUCAGAGGAUAAUAGCAACACAAACAACGACGAUACGUCAAACCUUGCUCCAUCCAUCCCUGUUAAGUGCAAAACAGAAUUGCUUAUUAAACAUGAUGCACAAACAAAUGCUACAAUGAAUUUUCCAUCCGAAACUUCCAAAUCUGAAAAACCGUCUGAAGCAUCCGAAAAUAUUGAAAGUGAUCACAUGGUUAAUCCACCAACACUUCCUGAUCAGUGGCAACAUAGGUUUAGAGUAGUUAAAAUAGUAAGUAGUGAACCAUUUAAAAGAGGUAGGUGGUUAUGUAUGGAUUUUAUGGACCCUCCUGCACCUGCUGUGGAAGUGAAGCCUGAAGUAUAUGAUUCCACUUCAGGUGUGAAUCCGCAGUCAAUAUCUAGCACAUUUCCAGAUGUUGUUCCUUCCGAUAGAGUUGCACAUAUUUAUGAAAUUUCACCAAGUGAUGCUUAUCCUGGCAGCAUAUCAGUAGCUGUUGGUCCUGACCAAAAUCAGCAGCCUAUGUAUGGAAUAUUUCUUCCUGUCAAUCAUAGCCAAUAUCCCCUUAUUACGGGAAUGUACUCUAGAGCCAUGCCAGUUCAAAUAGAAACCAAACGUCAAGAGGCCCCUCAAUCUGCGACUUCAAGUAGUAAUGGAAUGCAACAACCACAAAAUUACACCCCAGGCCAAACCGUAUACACUGAUCAGCAAUCUGUACCUUGUCCACAAACUCAGGUUAUACCUACUCAGCAAUCACACCAAUCUAUUUCAAACGUACAAGCUUGUACCCAGAAUCAGUCACAAACUACUAUCAAAGCAUCUUCAAUGCCUACGACAACACAACCACCUACAAGCACAUCUACUGUUCCAAUUACUACUUCAAGUUCUGCAACAAUUACGUCUCAGCCUUCUUUACCUCCUCAGUCACAAAUGACUCAGGAUUCUCAACUUACUAUGCAACAGCGAAUUCAAACUACUACUGUACAAGGUCAAGCUGUAUCUUCCUCUGGUACACAAAACGUCUCGUCAGUUAGUAUGGUAAAGCCUACCUUGAUUUCUUCCAACUCUCAGAUAAGUAAUGCGUCUCAAGUAUAUGUGACAUCUGCUUCUUCUAUGCAACCACAAGUACAUCCAGUAACUAAUGUUUCUUCUGCACAAUCGCAAAUACAACAAAACACUAGUAUAUCUUCUGUACAAACUCAAGUAUCACAAGGUACUAGUGCUCUUUCUUCACAGCCUCAAAUGCAGCAGGCAAAUGCUGUUCCUUCUAAUCAGCCUCAAAUUCAACAAAUAAAUGUUUCUUCUGCACCUCAUGUCACAAAUGUGACUUCGGUGCAGCCUCAAGUUCUUGUUGCUAAUGUGUCAUCUGCACAGCCUCAAGUGCAGCAUGUUGCAAAUGCAACUUCUGUUCAAGCUCCAAUUCAGCAAGUGGGUGGUACAACUACUGUACAGCCGCAAGUGCAGCAUGUUUCAAAUGCAACUGCUGUUCAACCGCAGGUUCAGCAUGCUGCCAGUGUACCAUCUGUUCAAUCUCAAGUUCAGCAUGCUGCCAGUGCACCAUCGGCUCAGUCUCAAAUGCAGCAAGUAAUUAAUGUAACUUCUACUCCAUCACAAGGGCCUUUAGUAAAUAAUGUACCCUCUGCACAGACACAAACGCAGCAGAUCAAUAGCAUGCCGUCAACACUUACUUCCAGCAUUGGUACCCAAAUUUCGUCUUCGACAAACAUUCCAGAAGCAUCCACAACAUCUGCAAUAAUGCAGCAAGAGGCAGUGACUGUUCCUAGUCAAGUUAUUCAAAAUCAUUCUGAGGCACAGGAGCUUGGAACGCCUCCUGCAAAUAAUCAAGCAACCCAAGAAAUGUCGUCAGAAUCUGUACCUUCUAAAAGUGAUAUAAAUGGAGAAGAUUCCGAAAGUGCUCCCAGUGGGACAAGUACUGUUGCUAUAGACAAUAAAAUAGAACAAGCAAUGGAUUUGGUCAAAAGUCACCUGAUGUUUGCUGUGCGAGAAGAAGUGGAUGUAUUAAAAGAAAAAAUUACUGAGUUAAUGGAUAGAAUAUCUCAAUUAGAAUAUGAAAAUGGCUUUCUUAGAGCAAAUGCUAGCCAACAAACUUUAGAACAACUAAACCAAUCACAGCUUCUUCAGCAGCAGCAGCAAACUCAGUCGUCUACCAUUUCUAUGAAUUCAUUCUCUCAAGUGACUCAACAAUCUGUCUCUCAGCAACAAUUGAAUGUUCAAAAUCAGCAGUCAACUUCAUAACGUCUAAAAGUUUUAUCCUAUGAAUCAAUUAUUUUGAACUUUUGCGGUAGUUUUGCACAAUGGUAUGUAAUUAUAAGUGCAUUUUCAAAUUUUUUCAUCAAAAGUAGUUUUUCAAUAUAUAAGACUUAUUUAAGACUUAUAAGGUCAUUUUAAUAAGUAUUUUCUUCAUAGAAAAGUGCUUUUUCACAUUGUUUUUCACCCUGUUUUAAACAUUUAUAUUGGUAUUAAACUAUGUGACUAAUAAAUUAUUUUUAUUUAGCAGUUCUUAGUAAAUUACAAAAUAUAUUUCAUAGGAGGAUGAUUUACAUAAAGAAAAAUUUUUGAUCUUAAUUCAAGAAUAAAGUAAAUGAUAAGAGCUUUUUAUUUUGUAUUUUAAUUUAAUUACUUGCAAUUUAGGUUUUGAAGAUGUAUGUAUGAGAAAUUCUUUCAAAAGUUCCAUUGUGCAAUACUACCAGUUCUAUUCGUAGUUGUGUCUGACAUGUAUAGAGUAUAUUGAGUUUAAUCCUUUCGGUAUAACUAACAGUAAAGAGAAAAUUAUCACUUCAUUUGUUCCAAAAAUUAUGUUAUUUAAAAAAUGUAGCCUUAUGAGAAGGUUCUUUUAAAAUUAUCUUGUGUAAAAUAUUUUUUAAAAAUUCAUUUUUAUUGUCAUGUUAAGAUAAACUUCAUCACUUACACCAUAGUCAACUAUUGUAAUUUCCUAAGUGUUUGUGUAUUUCAAUGUAUCGGGAAACCUGAUACUCCAUAGUCAGCAAAGAACUAUUAUGCCUUUUUUAAACAUAUUUUUAAUAAUUGGAUUUGUUAUGUGUAAUUAUUUCGGACAGUAUUAGUAUUUAGUUUCAUAUAUGCUUAUAGUGCUAGUGUAUGCUGGUCUUACACAAAUGCUUUAUCCGAAAAGAUUCAUUCCUUAAAUGUGAACGAAUAAUGUGCCACAAUUUAUGUCUGUGUCAUGUCUUGAAAAGUAAGAAAAUGCGUGCUCCCGUUGGACCAAUGCAAGAUGUACAGGAAAUUUUUGUAUUUCUUGACUGCAUAAUGACCUGAACUGUGUCAAAUUCAACACUAUCAAGUGUGUUGUAAAGAAUGUUUUAGAUAAACUUUGUAUAGAGACUAAGUCUUCAAAACUCAGAAGAACAGUUCUGUCAUAUGCCUUAUAGGUUACAAAUUGUGAUAAAAAUAAGUACUGUAGAGGUUGUGGUAUCAUAUUGUAACCUUGAAAAAUGCCAAGGAAAAUUGAAUACCACUCUCAGAAUGUGAUAAGUGUAUUAAAUUCAAAGAUACUUUUUUGCAGUCUUUACUUCUUUUCUUUUUGUGUGCACUAAUUUGAUGCUAAGUCACUUAAAAUAGAACAUUCCUUACACCUUUCUUUGGUGCUCAGCUGUGUGGGUGCAUUUUUUUUUCUCAACCUCCGUUAGGUGCUAUUGUGAUUUAUAUAUCAGUUUUACCGUUCCUAAUCACAAGUAUUUUGUACUGUGAUGUAUCAUGUAACUCUCUGCUUUUCUGUGGACUUGACAAUUAUUGAAAAGGGCUUAUGUAAUUAGUAUGUAAAUUAAAAUUUGCAUUGUGGCAUAGGAGAUUGGGCCAGUCAAAAAUUCUGUUGAUAUAUGUAGAUACAAAAAAUAUGGUUUGUGUGUAGAAAUUCAAUUUUGGAAUUUUGACUCCUUUGCUCCAAUGCUUGAAUUUAUCUCGUUCUUUUACAGUGUGAUAUAUAUAGUCAACAACUUUACAAUAAAGUUCUAAAAUUCUAGAAACACUUUGCUUCAUGGAAAUGUAUGUAGGCAAUAAUAGUUAUUGUGUUGUAUUUUUCAUAUACUUUUUAUAGUGAUUUGAACAAAUCCCACAAAAGAAACAUUUAAUAUUUGUAGAAUAAAACACAUUACACUUCGAUAUUUUGAAAAAUCAGGUUAUGGAGACAUUUUCUUUAAAUUGAGAAUUUAAUUCUUCUAUUAAAAGAAAUGAGAUCACAACAAUAUACAAAGCUUUUCAUUUUGUAAUCUAUCCAUGUUUUAUGCAAAAUGCCAUUCCAUUUAUUGUGUAGAAGUGUUUUAUUAUGAAAUAUACUUUCAAUGUUUAAAGCUAUCAUUUUACGUUUCAGAAAAAUUGCUCUCUAAAAUAUGAGUUAAAUUCAUAUGUCAACAUUGAAUGAAAUUUUGUUUUCAGUUCUUUUUAUUAUCCAGCCACUGAAAUUAAGCAAUUUGUCUUGGUACCAUCAAAUUUUACAAGACUAAAAUUUGUUCGUUCAAAUGUAAUAUAAAUUGUUAAUAAAUUUUUACGUAAAAAAA